GGAUGCUAGGAAAUACCGCCACUGCUAGCAUAGCGUCUGGACUGGUCAUUUCACAGCUUCUCUUCAUAUGGAACGAUCCCUUGGUCGACAAAAUACCUGCUGUGUUUCCAUUGGUUAUUGAAUCUAUUCACAUGUGCGAUCGUUAUCCGAACAACUGGAUACUUGUAUAAUAAGGCACAUACACUGGGAUAAUAUGAAUAGUGAAUGUAGUGUGUAGCCAAGAUAUAUACUUUCUUUCUUGGUGUCACAUGCACUUUUUUAUUCAGUCAUAACUCCUGUAAUUUCUUCCGAUUUUUAUCUCUGGUAUACAUGGAAGAAAAAACAAGGAUGAUACAAUGGUUUUGUCUAAAACGAGCUGAACUAUCGUAUUGAUCUAUGAGUAAGUGCGAGAGGUUUACCUGGAAUAUACACGCUAGAUAAUACUAGACAUAUCUUCAGGAGAAGACAUUAAUUUACGACUGACUAUCAAGUGAAUCAUGUGCAUUGGUUACCCGGAGUGUUAGAUGCUUUAUAUUCUGCGUGCUACCUAAUCCAUAUUAACAGGAAACCUUAUCUGAAGACCUCAAUCAUCCAGGAUGGCUGUAUUUUAUGUAUUUCAUUUGAUACUGGCAUGCAUUUACUACGGAACUGUCGAUGGACUUAUGGGCCUACGACCACCUUCUGCAACCUACAAACCACAUCCGGUCGCACCAGUAGCUGGAAGUAAGCCUAUAAUACAUGAUCGGCGAGUGACUGAUGGAUACGAUAGCGACGAGGACAUCAAACUAUUUAUACUUCAGAGGUCACGCCCACACUCUCCCGUCAGACAGGAAGUAAUUGAUAAGGUAGCGUCGCUGCAACAUCAGACUCCGACAGAAGUUGUGCCAAAGGUUAAAGGAGUGGUAGCAGCCUGUAGACCAUCUGCCGUACUGAAAUGUACUAUCCGGUUUCUCAAAGACUAUCUCAGAAACAACACAACUAUAUGCAAGCAUAUCGAGGAACUAGAGACGUGCAUAUUGGAUAAGAUAGACUCAUGCGACAUCAUGGCUUCACGACAGGCCUACCUGAUACUCAACAACGUGAAGGCGCUGGUACCUACAUCCGGGCGACAUGCUUGUGGAGUAGCGACUGAUACACUGCCAGAGACAUCAGAAAGUAGACUAAAUUAUUCUCCUUGUUGCGUGGUGAAUUUGCUCGAGUGCAUGGCGAGAACGUACCAGUUAUUACUACAGGACCGGAAGUCAUGUGAAGCCAUCACGGAUUUCACUUCCUGUUCCUCUUUCUCUUUCCGAUCUUAUGACAGUCAGCCAGCAGAAAGGAUAUUUCAGUCGAUAAUGACACUUACUCGUACUUGUAUCCAUUCCCGAAAGCCUUACUCAAAGUGAUCUAUGAAUGAGAUCGUCGAAACGGUAGUCACUUUUGUAUGGAAAUAACAUGACAACAGGCUCAGCGUUCAGUGUUGAUAUUUAUUUUAAAAAGGAGGAUGUGUCCUCGACUAAAUUGACAAGCGCAUCCCUAAACUCUUGUCACAUUAAUCAUCUAGCAUUGAUCGAAUGUGUAAUAAUGUACAUCAGACUUAUAUGUAAUAACAUAUGUACAUCUAGGAUGUGCGCCAAUUCCUUUUUACAUUUUAAUCUGUAAUGAUAUGGGACGCAGUUAGCAUUUAUUUAUCAUCCAAUCAGUUAAACAUUUUGUGUACCUUAACCUUACAUUUAUUACACUUUUGGGAUCCACAACGUUACUCGAUGUGCGCAUGAUGUAUGCCCGAUAUAAUAAAGGCGCGAUUGUAUCGUUCAGACGAAUGUGCGCAAGACUGGUUGAUAUAGAUGUAACAUUCAAAAGUGAUCAUGAACAAGACAAUUAGGUGAAUUAGUUAGUUAGUUAAAAUGCUUAACAGCCCAUCAACACUAUAAAGGUCAUUAGGGCCAAAAAAGUGAUUGAAAAUGUUCUACUGUAUGUGAAAUCAGGAACGCAGCUUCCAUAUUCGUAAUAAACAGGCUUGUUUCCUGACACAUAGCCAACAAACAUUUUUUUCUUUGAUGUUGGCCAAGGGUCAAAAUAUAGGUCAGUGGGAAUAUGUGAUAUAGCUUGGUCAUUUUUUUUACUUUGAUAUAGGUCGAAAGUCAAAAUGUAGGUCAGCGGCCUUCUUUGGACAUAUACAAUAUCCAUAACUUCACCUCUCUGAAACCGAAAGACAAGCAUUAAAUUACAGUUUUAUGAACUGUAGGAGAAUACAGCCCAGGCAAAUACUUCCUUUGAAAUAGGUCAAUAUGUACAUGUAGGUCACCGUUACCUAAUUUUCACACAUGGCACACCACGCGACCAAAGUGAACACACGCUCCAAGUAUGAAGUUCUAGUUUCAAGUUAUGUUGGAAAUAGAGUCCGGACAAUUUUGUGUCACAUUUGAUGAGGUCAACAGUCAAAAUGAAUAUUAAAGGGAUCUAAUGUUUAUACACGAUCCAUCGCCCCACAUUGGUUUAUCGAUGCCCCAAGUAUGAAGUGCCAGUAUCAAGUUGCGUAUUGGAUAGAGCCCAGACAAAUGUUACUUUGAUGUAGGCCAAAUGUCAAAAUGAAGGUAAGAGUGACCUAAUUUUGACACAUGACACACCACCUCACCUUCCGUUCGGUUUGGUUAAUAUCGUUUCAUAUUAAUAUUGUUCUUUCAACAGCAGGACAUCAUUAGAGGAACCCAUGCCUCAAUUAUGAACUUCCAGUAUCAAGUAGUGUAGUUAAUAAAGCCAGGACAAGAUCAUGCAUGGAAGGACAAUAGACCACCGCAGUGAUAAAAAGAUUAAUAAUGAUGUUCAAACGUUCGGAAAGUAUUGUAUUUAACAAAAGGUCCAUGAGGCAUGUAUGGCUCACCUGGUUAGAAUUGACCAAACGUCAAAAUAGUGUUCAUGUUCAAUUUGCUAAUACAUAGCUUUAUUUGUCAAUCUCGAACAAUGCUAUAUAUAGUUAUAGUGUUGGGAUCCCAACUGCUUUAAACAACACAGAAACAACGUCCAAGCUCUCUUAGGGUGUGAAAAGACCCCGGGGAUUGUUUUUACAACAUUGUGUAAAGAACCUAAGUCACUUGGGAUUGGGAAAGACCUCUUGGCCUACGUUUACAUUAGGAUUGGGUUUAUCCUUAACGUCCAACGAUGCUAUUAACGGUUAUGGGAUGGGGAUCUAAACAGUUUCAAAAUAUAACCAAGAGACUACUGGUCUUAGGGGUGUUGAAAGACCCCAGGGCCCAAUUUUACAUCAGGAUUGUGUUUAUCUCUUGAUGCCCGGCAAUGGUAUUUACGGUUAUGGGGUAGGACUCUCAACAGUUUCAAAAUUAAAACCAAGAAAAUAAGUCCCUAUGGGCGGGGAAAGACUCCAGGGCAUUUUUACAACAUGAUUCUGUCGAUCUCUUUAUGCCCAACAACGCUAUAUAUUGAUAUAGGAUGGGGAUCUAAAUGGCUUCUAAGAUAUAUCAAAAAAACUAAGUACGUAAGGGUGGGGAUCGACCCCUGGGCAUAUUUUUGGGUCGCUUAGAUUUACUAUUUAUCCCCUUCCCCAAGGUUGUUUCUAACAAAAUUGGGUUCAAAUCCAUUCUUAACUUUAUGACUAUUAGCGAUUUGAAAGCAUGACCGCUAUUGGGCCCCGCCCCUCUGGCCACUGGGGUGGAGGGUUGUCAGUGCCACUGUUUAUGCCAAACCUGUUCCCCGUCCCAACAGGAUGUUUCUUACCAAAUUAGGAUGAAAUCCGUUCUUUAUUUUAUGACUAGUAGCGAUUUAAAUGCAUUACCUCUAUUUCCCGUAUUUGACCCCGCACCUCUAGCCCCUUGGGGGUCAGAAUCGUCAUUAAUGCAAAAUCUGUUCCUCUUCCCCCAAUAAUCUUUCUGACUAAAUUUGGUUUAAAUCCACUAAGUAUUUUAU